AUAAAACUGUUUCUUUUGAUGCCAGAAAAAUUCAAAGUAUCACGCCUCAAGGAGCUUAUCUUAGAGGUAUAGUAGUAAAAGAUAAACAUAAUGUUAAUAAUCUAAAUGAUAAAAUCUUUGGAGGAUUAAAUACCAACAAAGUUAAAAAUAUUAAUACUGAAGAUAAUAUUUCAAACAAAUUUAAUGGUAAGAAAAUGGAACCUAACUACCUGCUUAGUAGAUACAAACUUUAUAAGCAUUUAAAAGAGAAUAUUCACAUAAUUGUACAAUUGCCUGCUGCCACUG